AGUCCAUCUUACCCUCCACUAUUAAAAGUAUAUCUGAGAAUAAUGGAUUAGCUACUAUACCUUGUUUAACCUUCUGUCGAGGGUUUGAAACACAAUCAGCUUUUGUCCAAAUGCUGCAUGUGCCCAGGUAAUGAACCGUGCAUGGACAGAGGAUCCUCACAUGCUGAGCAGCAGCAUUCAUGUGUUUGUCACAGAGAGACUCGGUGAUAUUCAAGUACGAGCUGGAGCCAUGAACAUGGUGUACACAGAGGAGGAGCUCACUGAUACUGCAAUCAUAUUUAUUAUGCAGGCUCAGGGAACAAGAUAAAGAAGACGUCUACGGUAAAGGAGUAAGACAGUGGCUAGACGGAAAACAUUGCAUAACUAAACAUUUUUAGCGUGAGUUAGUUGAGUUUGUAUGAUGAAAAUUGUAAAACCAUUAUAUUUUUCUGCAGCUGG